AUGGACUCAACGAUUAAUUGUUCUACUGCAUACCCUUCAAUGCAAUACUCACCCAAAUCAAAUUAUAAAGCGCGCUUUCUAAGCGUGCCAUCUCAUUUGCUUACGGUUUUCAUCUCCAUGUUUGCCUCUCUUAUCCGUUCAAGGCUGACUGUUUCCAGUCUUGCUCUGCCAUUAAGCAUGUCUCGGCAGUUCAUGACCAUUCGUCAUUAUUCUACUCCGCCGAUGGAGCCCUAUGAGCAAAAAAUCUAUGACAUCCUCAAGACACAUUUUGCUCCAAAAAACUUGGCUGUUCGAGAUGUUUCUGGUGGUUGUGGCUCCAUGUUUGCUAUUACUGUGGAAAGCGAAAAAUUCAAGGGCAUCCCAAUGGUGAAACAGCAUCGUUUGGUCAACGAAGUUUUGAAAGACGAGAUUGCAAAGUGGCACGGACUUCAAUUACAAACACGGGCUGCCUAA